CUUGAUCAGUCAUAGGCCCUAGGCUAUCCCCACAACCCCACAUGACUCUGUUUCUCAAUCUACCGCUUAUUAUUCUGCUUCUGCCCAAUGCUAUCGAUAAAUAGCCACCACACUCCCUUUUCCCUUUCACACCAAAGUCUUUCAAAUUAAAUCUUCUCUUCCACACGCCAGCCACAACAUGGCUUUGAGAAAAUCAAGUAAACUUCCUCAGACAGCACUAAUCAAGCAAAUCCUCAAGAGGUGUUCGAGUUUAGGGAGGAAAGAUGAUCAAGGCCUUCUGGACGUGCCAAAGGGUCACUUUGUUGUAUAUGUUGGAGAAAACAGAAGCAGAUAUAUUGUUCCUAUUUCCUUCCUAAGUCGCCCUGAGUUCCAAACACUUCUCCACCAGGCUGAAGAAGAGUUUGGCUUUGAUCACGAAAAGGGUCUCACUAUUCCAUGCGAAGAGGACGUUUUUGAGUCUCUCACCUCCAUGCUCAGAUGAGAAACUUACCUUAACACGUAUGAAUCAUUUUUCGUUUUCUUUUUGAAGGAGGGGGAGAAAAUUUAAUAGCUCAAGAUGAAGCUGCUUCAUUGCUUCUCUGACUUGAUUCUCUCCAUUUCUUUUAUAUAUAUAUAUGAGGUUUGUAUUUUAUAGAGACUCUAACCUCACGGAAUUGACCCAUGAAAGAAAUAAUCUUGUUUCUUCUUAUUAUGGGAUUAGGUUGUAAAUAAUGUACUAGAAAGCAGCAUUUUUCCCACAGAGGUGAACGGUCGAGUAAAUGUGCCCUGUUGGAGAACUAA